GUACAGGAAGUACCGCGAGUCUAAUUCUCGUUCUCAUUCGGGAUACUGCAACUCUCCACCAAACCAGGAAGAGAGAGAAAGGGAGAGAGAAGAGUCUCUGGAGCUCUGAUUCUUUGAAUCUGAAUUCGAUGCAGCUGAUUAAUGCUGUGGCCGUUGCUCGGAUGGCGACGAGAAAUCUCGGCGCCGAAUCCCUCGGCGAUGGUGACAUCGCCUUCGGCUCCUUAUGGUUCUUCAUCUAUGUCGGGAUCUGCUGCUUCCUCGUCCUCUUCGCCGGUAUUAUGUCUGGUCUCACCCUAGGUCUCAUGUCUCUCGGCCGCGUCGAUCUCGAGAUUCUUCAGCGCAGCGGCACUUCUGACGAGAAGAAGCAAGCAGCUGCUAUCCUUCCAGUUGUUCAAAAGCAACACCAGCUUCUUGUGACUUUGCUUCUUUGCAAUGCCUGUUCCAUGGAGGCCCUCCCAUUAUACCUGGAUAAGCUUUUCAAUCAGUUUGUUGCUAUUGUGCUUUCUGUUACUUUUGUCCUAGCUUUUGGAGAGGUUAUUCCACAAGCAAUAUGCAGCAGAUAUGGACUUUCUGUAGGUGCAAAUUUUGUAUGGCUAGUCCGUAUUUUAAUGAUAAUUUGCUAUCCAAUUGCUUAUCCAAUUGGGAAGAUUCUAGACUGGGUACUUGGUCAUAAUGAAGCAUUAUUUAGACGGGCUCAAUUGAAAGCACUUGUCUCCAUCCAUGGCCAAGAGGCUGGCAAGGGAGGUGAACUCACACAUGAUGAGACAACAAUUAUAAGUGGGGCUCUCGAUUUGACCUUGAAGACUGCUGAGGAAGCUAUGACACCAAUUGAGUCAACAUUUUCCUUGGAUGUCAAUUCAAAAUUGGACUGGGAAGCAAUGGGGAAGAUUCUUGCUCGUGGUCAUAGUAGAGUUCCUGUCUAUUCUGGUAAUCCAAAAAAUGUUAUUGGACUUUUACUGGUGAAAAGUCUUCUCACUGUAAGAGCUGAGACAGAGACCCCGGUUAGUGCUGUUUCGAUCAGGAGAAUUCCAAGGGUGCCAGCAGAUAUGCCUCUAUAUGACAUAUUGAACGAGUUUCAGAAGGGUAGCAGUCAUAUGGCAGCUGUGGUGAAACCUAAAGGGAGAAACAAGAACGCUCCACAGGUCAUGGAUGGAAAAAUAACUGAAGAAAACAAAAUCACAGGUGCAGAUUCCCAGUUAACUACUCCUUUGCUAUCCAAGCAGGAUGAAAAGUUGGAAAGCAUUGUUGUUGACAUUGAGAAGGCUUCAAGGCCAACCAUUAUAAACAGGCAAUCUCAACAUAGUGAUGCAGCAACAAAUGGAUUGCCACGGUUGUCUGAAGAUAUUGAAGAUGGUGAAGUUAUUGGCAUCAUCACCCUGGAAGAUGUAUUUGAAGAACUUCUGCAGGAGGAGAUCGUAGAUGAAACUGAUGAAUUUGUUGAUGUACAUAAAAGAAUACGUGUUGCUGCUGCUGCUGCUGCAUCAUCAAUAGCACGGGCCCCAUCCAUUCGGAGGUUAACUGGCCACAAGGGAGCUGGAGGGCAAACUAAGCAAGUGCAAUCUCCAAAGAAGUCUAUUGAAGAAGAUUCAAAUUCUGCAAGGUUACAUGGGAAUCCCGGGGAGUCCCUUCUUGGGAACAAGAGAUGAAGAGAAUUUUGGACUGGAAUGUAAGUUUCCAUUAGGCUUGGAAAGUGAGGUUAUCAACAUUUUGGGAAGAGCAUUGUAUGAUCAGAUUAUGAUGUUAAUAUGCUUUCUUUUUUUAUUAUUUCAUUGUACAAGAUGAAUUAGUGGCAAAACAUGUGAACAUAGUAAUACUGUUUCAGUCUAAUAGAAUAAAUUUUUUCAGAAAGAGAA